AUUUUGAUUUUUUACUUUUAUUACUGCACGAAUAUUGUUAAGCUUUGUAUAAACAGUGUUAAUUUACUACUUUACAUAGUAAUAAACGUGUGUUCUGUGUAACGCACAUAAUUUACAGAAAUGGAAAUUAAUAUUAGAUAUUUUGUAUCUUUUGUUUGUAUCCUAAAUGUAAUUUCGUCAGUUAAAAUGGAACUGUGUGAGAUAUUGCCUUUGCCUAGAAGAUUUUGCUGCAGACCAUUUCAAAAAACAAUUCUUACGCCGAAUUUUGAUAAGCAACAAAUCAAAGACCUUAUACAAUUAAGUGCUGAUAAUUUAAAAUCACUAAGGCUACAAAGUGAAAUGGAUCCUUUAACUACAAAUAAACAUUUGUCACCCCCUAUUGUAGACGAUAACGAUAGUUUAAUAAGUGUAGAAGCUCAGAAGGCUUUAGCUUGUUCGAAAAUAGUAUGUUCUAGAAAAGACAAAAUAGCGCCGCUGUGCGCCUGCAACUAUAAUACUGGCAAUGUUGUCACUUUCAAAAAUGUUUGUGAUAUGCAGAAACACAAUUGUCGAUUCGAAACAGAUUUUAAAAUGAUACUGAAUGAAAUCUGCCCCUGGAAAUUUGAAUUCAGACGAAAAAAUGGGACGAAUAGGCAAUUUGAUUACAAUAAUCCAAAGUAUUUUAAUUAAUAAUGAUAAAUAAAUUAAAUUGUGA